AUGUCUCUGAAAGGAGAGAUCUGUGUGGUGACCGGGGCGUGUGGGUUUUUGGGAGAGAGACUGAUCAGGCUGCUAUUGCGAGAGGAAAAUCUUGCAGAGAUUCGUUUGCUGGACAAAGACGUGCGAGCUGAACUCAUACAGUCUCUGGAAGACUGCAGGGGGGGGACAAGGCUGGCUGUGUUCGAGGGGGACAUCAGAGACACUGAGGUCCUGAGGAGAGCAUGUAAAGGAGCAUCCCUCGUUUUUCACACCGCAUCCUUAAUCGAUGUCACCGGUGCUGUUGAAUACAGAGAGCUAUACGAGGUCAACGUCAAAGGGACUCAACUGCUUCUAGAGACAUGCAUCCAGGAAAACCUGGCCUCCUUCAUCUAUACAAGCAGCAUUGAGGUUGCUGGUCCAAACCCCAGGGGUGAUCCCAUCGUCAAUGGCAACGAGGACACACCCUAUUCCUCUUGCCUCAAAUUCCCCUACAGCCGUACCAAAGAGGAGGCUGAGAGGAUCACCCUCCGCGCCCACGGAGAGGAGCUCAGAAACGGAGGUCGACUGGCCGCGUGCGCCCUCAGGCCCAUGUACAUCUACGGAGAGGGCUGUCGCUUCACUGUGGGACACAUGAGGGACGGGAUCCGGAACGGGAACGUGCUGCUCCGUAUGUCGUGCCGCGAGGCUCGGGUGAACCCCGUGUACGUGGGAAACGCGGCUCUCGGCCACCUGCAAGCGGCUCGCGCCUUAAGGGACCCGCAGAAGAGAGCCGUGGUGGGUGGACACUUCUACUACAUUUCCGACGACACGCCGCCGAUUAGUUACUCCGACUUCAACCACGCGGUGCUGUCGCCGCUGGGCUUCGGUAUCCAGGAGAAACCCUUCCUACCUUUACGCCUCCUCUUCUUCAUCUGUUUUAUCCUGGAAGCUCUUCAGACGAUGCUCCGCCCCUUUGUGAGGUUCACCCCACCUCUGAAUCGACAGCUGCUCACCAUGCUGAACACACCUUUUAGUUUCUCCUAUCAGAAGGCCCACAGAGACAUGGGAUACACACCUCGUUAUGACUGGGAGGAAGCCCGAAGGAACACCACUGACUGGCUCGCGUCUGUCUUACCCAAAGAGAGAGAGCAAAUGAAUGCUUAA